CUUCUCCUGUUGUUCUUGCAGCCGAAAUACAAUUUUGCUUUAUUUUUUUUGCGAGUUGGCUUGGACUCAUUUGUCUAAGUGCUUUGCCUUCGUUUCCGCUUUUAUUACCUUAUAUAACUCAUGAGCUACGGGGAAAUGUCCUGAAGUGGUGGCAUGUUGCUUCCUAGCAGUGAAGAUUUCUUUGCAGAAUGAACACACAUCUCUUGUGGGGUUUGAUGAUGGUCUGCUAGAGGAUGAUGUUUGCUUGUGAUGACCAGUAGUAAAGCCUUCAGCUGCAGCUGAAGUUGUACUUGUGUCUUGGUGCCACUCUUUUACUGUUUAAUGUGCUUAGGUUAUGCAGCAACAUUUUCAGAAAUGACUACUGAUUUAGAGAAGCUGAGCUCAACAUAAUGUAUUGCAGCACUGUAGAGCUGCUCAGCUGGACAAGUGGUUUUAAGACCAGAUGUUCCUAGGUACCUUUGCAACACUGUCCUGUUGCAGUGUGUUCUGAAAUAAGCCAAAGUCAAACAGCGCUUCCAAAGAGGCAGCGCUUCUUGGCUUAGUUCUGACACCUUAGUCCAGCUGCUUCCUACUAGUAUCUCUUCAUCAAGGUAAAUGGUAAGACAAGAGGGGUGUGUGAAAUGAAUUGUGAGAGCCUGAGCAUUGACAAGAUUAAAAGUUAUGCUCUGGCUCAAUAAAUCAGUCUCAGAAUUCAAGGUAACUUACAAUGAACCCACUGUCUUCGUAGCUGUUUCUACAAAGCAUGCUGUUGGUUGCUCUACAGCUCCUCACUUAGCCACUGACACACACAGUAUUUGGGAAAAAGAGCACAGUUUAACCACCAGGAGCGAUGAUGAACGUCUGUUCUCACAUAAAGAGAGAUACAUUUCUGCACAGGUCACUGCUGUGGCUGAGUACGAUGUAUGGAUGCCUAGGAGAAAGCAUCAUUCACCCUUAUAAAUGCAGAUUAAAUCUCUGUGCUGUGUUACUAUCUUGAAGUGCUGUUUUGUUAGCCCUUAGAACUAAGAGUGGAGGCUUGGGGAAGUGUGCGAAAGCACUGAACUCUGGCUUAGCUGUGUUCACAUUUCAUAUAAUGAUAACACUUUUGCAGAGUUUAGCGGGGCUAAGGUUAAGCAAACACAGAAGUCUUAUGAAAGGAGUUUCUGUAGCAGUGCAUUGUAAAAUCCACACAGAUUAGCCUUCAUCUAUUGAACUUCUGAGGAACAAACAUGCAGAAGCAAUUACCUCCCUUGUUUGCAUAGAUAGAUUAACCUUUCCACUUCACCUUCUGCCUGUGCUUGUUCUGUAGUCCACUUGCUUUGGGUCUUUCUCAUUUGCAGGCUUGCUAAGGAUACCAAGACAUGUCAAUUCAUACCUCAAAAAAAGAAAAACGAUUUCUUUUCACCUCAGAAUCUGUUGCUGAAGGACAUUCUGAUAAGAUGUGUGAUCAGAUAAGUGAUGCUGUUCUAGACGCUCAUCUCAGUAUUGAUCCAGAUGCCAAGGUUGCCUGUGAGUGUGUAGUGAAAACCGGAAUGAUUUUGCUUUGUGGAGAGAUCACAUCCCGGGCUAUAGUGGAUUACCAACAAAUUGUAAGAGAGACCCUUAAGAGGAUAGGGUAUGAUGACUCUUCCAAAGGACUGGACUAUAAGACUUGCACAGUUUUAGUGGCCUUAGAACAACAAUGUAAAGAGAUCAAGCAUGCUGUCUCCCAUGGAAAGAAUGACGAUGACAUUGGAGCAGGGGAUCAGGGUUUGAUGUUUGGCUAUGCCACUGAUGAAACAGAGGAAUGUAUGCCCCUAACAGUCCUCCUGGCACACAAACUGACUGCACGCAUAAAGGCUCUGGAACGGAAUGGAACAUGGGCCUGGGUUAGACCAGAUGGGAAAACACAGGUCACAAUGGAAUACAAGGAGACUAACGGUGCAUUGGAGCCCAUCCGAGUGCACACACUUGUGAUUUCAGUACAUCAUGCCCCAGACAUGCCUCUGCAACAAAUGCAGAAGGAGCUAAUGGAGAAAGUUGUUAAAGAAGUCAUUCCGGAGAAGUACCUUGAUGAGGGGACAAUUUAUCAUCUCCUUCCAAGUGAAAAGUUUGUAGAAGGUGGUCCCAAGAGUGAUGCUGGAUUGACUGGCAGGAAGAUCAUUGUUGAUACCUAUGGAGGCUGGGGAGCUCAUGGUGGAGGUGCAUUCUCUGGAAAAGAUCCUUCUAAAGUUGAUCGUUCCGCAGCAUAUGCAGCUCGCUGGAUUGCAAAAUCUCUGGUGAAAGCUGGUCUCUGUAAAAGAGUAUUAAUCCAGCUCUCAUACGCUAUUGGUCUGAGUCAUCCUCUUGCGAUCUCAGUGUUUCACUAUGGAACGUCAGACAGAUCUGAAGAAGAACUGCUUGAGAUUGUGCAGAAAAACUUUGAUCUACGCCCUGGAGCUAUCAUAAGGGAGCUGGAUUUGAAGAAGCCAAUCUACCAAAAAACAGCAUGCUAUGGGCACUUUGGGAGAGAAGAAUUUACAUGGGAAAUACCCAAAAAGCUGGUCUACUAAGCUGUUCAGAAUGUGUCAUGUGAUUAACAGGUGGUUUAAUAAUCAGGUAUAACUUCAAACUGUUCAAGAAGAGGCUGUAUCUACUCUUUUUUGAAUGACACUCUGUAGCUACUAGAUUUACUGAAAAAUAUUUGUAUUUAAUUUCUAACUUUUAUAGUGGCCUUCCACCUUAAAUGCAUGCUGCUCCAUCUAACCUACCCUUCACCUUUGUCUUUAGUAACUUGUGAACAAUUUAGGCCUUUGGCUGUAAUCAAAUAUUAAGUGCACAGAUGGUUCAGGAAGUUGAUGUCAUUCCUGUUCUGCCACAGAAGCCUGCUACUGCUUACCUGGUUAACUUUGUACUGAAGUGGAUUAAGUUGGUGAGGUAACUUCCAACAGCUCCUCGUGACAGUCAAGCAGUAAUAGCACAUAUUGCCAUAAUUCUUUGGGCCAGGACUCCCAAAACUACAGCUUUAGUUUAUGGUCCUUCUAGUCCAAGCAAAGUAGUAAAAACACCCAUUUUGGAACACUGUUCAUUGUAACGCUAAAUAUACUUAGCUAUUGAGGUAGUGUUAGCUGUCUGUUUGCUUUUAACAUUACAGUUUUCUAGGCAUAUCUGUGAAAACUGAUGAACUCCUAUGUUGUAAUUCUUUUACUCAUUUAUAGUUACUCCUUGUCAAACUGAAAUUUUCCAUGUCUGCAUGAACUGGAAUUGGCUGUGUAGCGUUUCAAUUAAAUUUCAUUUGGCCACUUCUGCAAUGUUAAAAAAAAUUGUAAAAACUAGUUGGAGGAUACUACCUUCCUUUGACUUCUCUGACUGAAAGCACAAAAUGGAGAGAGACAAUUCAAAAUCAUUUAGCUUUUCUUUAAGGGCUAGAGAGGAUGAAGAGCCUUGUAUACAGAAAGUAGCAACUCUGGCAAGCAAAUUUAUCAUCAAAUUGUAAACUAAAACAGAAUGUUGGAAUCUUGUAACUGCUGUUACAUAAAACCAGCAAAUUUUAUUAGACAAUUAAACAAUACAGCUAACCCAUCCCCAAUAAGGGAAAAAUACAGGUUUCAGUGCAAUCAAAUGCAAGUAGUUGAAUAUAACAUUAGUCUCGAGCAAGUUUGAAAAAGCUGCUCCUUUCACAUAAAGACUGAUUCAUCCACUGCUCCUUUGGCAGACAGCUGAAGUGAGGUAACUGUACACCUGUAUCUGCACCUUACCUGCCCUUGUACAGUUAACCCAAUCUGCAGUCUUGUGACCUACAAAAAAGCCUUUUUUUUUUCUUUCCCCAAGAAAACUAAAUUUGUUUGCUGCAAUUGUUUUGUGGGCUUUUUUUCCCAGUUUUUUAUUUAAUGACUUUUCUUUUUUGAUGACAGGACCCUGCACUGUGUCUUUGCCUGCAGCUAAUCCAGUUUAGUACGCAUGUGGCCAUGUAGGCAUAAAGCAUGUCAUUAACCUUUAUUAAAAUUUGUUCAAAUUGGUAUUGUCUAAGAAGUAGUAAUGUAGCUUGCUAAAAUUCUGUAAUGUCAGAAUAACUUCCACUUUUAGUAAUACAGGAGUACAAUGUUUAAAUGGCAAGGGAUUGCAGACAUCACUAUACAGUAAACUGACUAUAAUAAACUGA